AUGUAUAUACGAGCCAUCCAUCCAUCGGUAUGCACAUCUUGUCGCCUCCGAACGUCCAUUGUCGCGAAGCAGUUGGCUCGGAGGAGGGGGGGACGAUGCCUCUCCUCUACCUCAUUACCCGUCGCGACCAAUCGAACAGCAUUGCGAACCCAAGCGCAACCUCAUGCACGAGCGCAGCCACAAACUCGCCCCUAUACUUCCGCCGUUCCGAAAAGGCAGCAGCACGAACGACCAGCAGCGGGAACAGAAGCAGGAGAAGCUGCGUCAGACGAAGCUCUCCUCGCGGCGGCUCAGGCGCGCCAGUCGCCCACCGAAGCAGCGAUCAAAGCGCGAGAGGAGUUCGGAGAUGCGCUGCCGGAGGGUUUGUUGGGGGAGGAGGCGUUGAGGGUUUAUGAGCGGUUGUUUGGGAGGGCGGUUGUGCUUGAAGAGGGGCUUGAAGAGGGUACGGGGGUAGAGGAGGGAGGGGAGGAAGGGGAAGGUGCGGUAGGGACGGGUGUGUUGGUGGAGGGGCGGGAGGGGUUGGAGGAGGUUGUGUUUGACGAGGAGGUGCUCGAGGAUGAGAUGGAAGAGGGAGAAGGUGAGGUUGAGAUAAGGGAAGGGAAAGAGGGAUGGAAGGAGUUCGUGCCGAGAGCGGGCGAUGAGAGGGUGGUCGAGGAUAUCAAUACUGCGUUCGCGGAGGGUGGGGAAGGAUGGGAAGGCGAGCUAGGGGCUGCGGAAGAGGAAGAGGACGAAUCGUCUCAGCAGCGCGCCCACCCUUUGACACUCGCCAACCGCUUCGGAACCUCCCCUUCUACCCUCGCGAUGCCGCAGCACAGCCUCGUCGAUCCUAUCAUGAAACAGCUCGCCGGCACAGCCAACGUCCACCUCGAGCAAGCAGCCCAUCGAGCCUUCGGCGGCAUCGGACUACCGUACAGCACGUCUACGCCUUCGCACGGGAAGACGAUGCAGCAGAAACCCAUUGGACUGGAUGCUUCGCAGAACAAGAUGACGGAGAUGGAGGCAGAUGCGUUCAUGGCUACGCUUGUUCCCGGGAUGUACGCGAGUAUCAUGAGCGUGCUUGUGGAGACGAGGAAGAGGCUGGGAAGUGCGUGGGCGGAGGAGCUGGUGAGGAAGGCGCAGGCGGGGGAGUUGAGGAUAUUGGAUGCUGGAGGGGCUGGGGCGGGGAUACUGGCGGUGAGGGAGAUGAUUAGGGCCGAGUGGGAGCGGAUGCACGAGGAGAACAACAGCCUGGGGUCCAACAUGGGUCUGGCAGAGGCGGACGGCAAGCUAGGAGGAGCAAGCGCCAGCCCACCCCUAGGCAUCGCGACCGUCCUAACAGCCUCCGACACCCUCCGCCACCGCUCCAGCCAACUGCUCGAAAACACCACCUUCAUCCCCCGCCUACCAGACUACCUACACACCGAGUCCGCCUCCCAGCGCGGGAAAUUCGACCUCAUCCUCGCCCCCCACACGCUCUGGCAGCUGAAAGAAGACCACGUCCGCAAAUCCCACACGCAAAACCUUUGGUCCUUGCUCUCCACGUCCGGCGGUUUGAUGGUGGUGUUGGAGAAAGGCAUCCCGCGCGGUUUCGAGCUCGUCGCUGCGGCGAGGAAUUACUUGCUUGAAAGUCGGAUCGCUUCGCCGCAUGAUGCUGACAGUAGCAAUGCGGCUCAGCGCAGCGUCUACGCUGGCGUGGAUAUACCGGGGAAAGAGCAGGGAAUGAUCGUCGCGCCUUGCACGAACCAUCAAGCCUGUCCUAUGUACGUCCCACAAGGAAUGGUGAAGGGACGACGGGAUAUCUGUCAUUUCGCACAGCGGUAUGUGCGGCCGGGGUUUUUGCAGAGGAUUUUGGGUGCGAGGGAUAAGAAUUGGGAGGAUGUGAAGUUUUCUUACAUCGCGAUGAUGCGGGGACGGGAUUUGAGGGAGUCGGAGGUUGAAGGGGAGAUGGGGGUGGUGCAAGACGACGCAGCGACCGGACGGGCGUUUGAAGGGUACGGGAUUCCCAACCUUUCCGCCCCCGACUCUGACUCGGCGGAAACUAGCAGCGCACGGCAUGAUGAGGUCCCGCACUCCCUCUCCCUCCCCCGCGCCGUCCUACCCCCUCUGAAACGCCGCGGCCACGUCGUCCUCGACCUCUGCACCCCCUCCGGCACGCUCGAACGCUGGACCGUGCCGCGCAGCUUCAGCAAACAGGCCUUCAAGGACGCGCGGAAGAGCAAAUGGGGCGAUAUCUGGGCGCUUGGGGCGAAGACUUCCGUCCCGCGCGAUCCGAAGGUUAAGAAGCGGAAUCCGAAGAACGAGGGGCAUAUGGACGUUAAGGGUAAAGCUAAGACGAAGAGGAUGGAUGUGAGUGAUCGGAGUAAAGUUCAGUGGGAUAGUGAUGAGUUUGGACGGAUCGUGGGGUUCGAGCCUACGGAUGAUGGGUUUGAGCGCCAGCGAGAGAAGGAGAGGGAAGGGGAGGGGAUGAGGGAGGGGGUGAGGGAGGCGAGGGGUGGGCUGAUGAGGGGAAGAAGGGUGAAGGGGGUGAGGGAUAAGAGGGAUAAGAAGGCUAGUGGGAGUGGGAGGCGAAGGUGGAGUGGAGAUGGGGUGCCUUGCGAUCUGGUUGCGCGGUAUGCUCUUUGUCUCGCGAUCGCCACCGACUUGAAUACCCCCUGCCGCACCAUGGAAGUCACUGCUGCCCGCGAGGGUGACGACGAGAACCGCUGCAGAUUGAACGUCGCCUCGACGCAACUACUGGAGAUUCUCGGAAGAAGCUCAAGGUGUGUCAUGGGAUCUUUCGAACGGUUCGGGACUGCAGGAGCUGUGCAGCCUUCACCCAAGCCACUCACCUGGACGGCGGAAGAAGCGGCAGCGCUUGCAUCUGAGGGGGACUGCAAAUCUCCUGCUGGACCGCCUCGAAUGCCGUGA